AUGACUGGGUUCACCGAAGGAAGUCUGAACAGUAGACUGAAAGACCUGAACUCUUCCCAGCAGAGCAUACAGACACUAUCCCUUUGGUUGAUUCACCAUAGGAAAUAUGCUCACACUGUCGUCAAGAUUUGGUCUAGAGAAAUAUUGGCAGGCUCAGAAUCUAAACAAUUGACAUUAAUGUACCUGGCCAAUGAUAUUAUUCAGAAUGGCAAAAAAAAAGGUCCUGAGUAUGGGAAAGAGUUUGGCAAAGAACUGGCCAAAGCAUUUAAGCAAAUAUCAUUAAACAACUGUUCCUCAAAGACCAGACAGAGUUUGACACGAUUGUUGAAUAUAUGGGAAGAAAGAGGUGUUUACAGUAAAAUCCAAAUAGAUGAAUUCAAGGAUGCUUUUGGUAAAGAAUCAGCGAAGAAGCCUACAGGUGAACCACCAAGUAAAAAAGUUAAACAUUCACAUAAUCACAAAUCAAAGAAGACAAAAUCUCAAAACAAUGGCAUAAAAAAAGAUAAAGAAGUUAUUGUUGAAGUGGAUGGUACCAAAGAAUUGCAUGUGACUUUAUCUCCUAAGACCCCAGUUAAUGAUCCUCCUGAACCAGAAGAAUUAAUUAAAGCUCUAAAUGAUUUAGAAAAUGCACCUUCAUGUGAUGCGGUUGUACGAGAACGUAUCUCUAAACUUCCUCCAGAAAUUGCUGAUGUCAGUUUACUUUCUCAGUUAAAAGGUAAAGACGAGGGUGAAGAACUUUUGCGUAAAGUAAAUGAUGCUGUUGCAUUAUUGACUGAUUACAACACUAGACUGGUGUGUGAAAUGGAAGACCGCAAGAAGGUUUUUUCUAUGUUGCAUGAUUUCAUUCAAUCUCAAAGAGACCUCAUUGAUCAAGCUGAACAAAGGUUACAGGAAUAUCAAGGUAAACUUCAGAAAGUUUGCCAAGUACGGCAAGAGGUCAACACGCAUCUACAAAAUCUACCGGAUUUAGCACAAUUGCCCAGCGUUAAAGGUGGCCUUGCACCUCUUCCGUCGGCGGGCGAUUUGUUCACAGUGGGCUGA